AUGCACCUUGGCUCAUGUUGCCAGAGAUUCGGGGUUUUUUUGGGUGGGGGGGGCCUGGAUUUCCCAUGCCGACGUCUCGACUUCGCCACUUUCAUCCUGAAUCCGCAGAAUAUGCGUGCGGAGCGACCUCAUCUGCUGAGUCAACGAGACCCAGUAGCGUUGAGCCGUAGGUCGGUUACAAGCACGCCUGAGACAGUCCGGAACGCCAACCCGCUGUCAGUCUUACGUCUGUCCUUCUCGUACGCAGGACCAGAAUGUACGUGGCCAACUGUAGCCUUCCGUAACGGACACACUGCUUCCCCUUGCACCCGAUACCCCGAUACAGCACGCAUCCCCCAGCCGGGCAGGUCGUACACAUACGGGAAACCGCGAGUGUAUGCUCAGUCGAGCGCGAACGGAAGUACAUAUCCUGUGCGCAGUGUGGCAGGCGUAGCAAACUCAAACGUGUGGCACGUUGGAAGGUUCACCACAUAG